CCCCGGACAGCCAGCGCCCCGCUGCCGGCGCUCGUUGGGCCUCGCGUCGGGACGGGAGGCGUCGGGACCGGAGGCCGGAGCCCCACUCGGAAGCCCGCGAGGGAGGUGCGCGCUCGCCGGAAGCCGCGCCCCCGACACGGCCCACCUGCCCGCGGCGCCGGAAGUGGCCGUGGCCGCUCCGCUUCCGGUCGGCGGGGCGCUCUCGGGCCGGGGCUGCUGACCGGGGCAAGUCGGGAGCGCCCAUGGCGGAGGGCGGCGGCCCCCACGGGCGGGCCGGGCCGGGGCCCGCAGGUCCUAAUCUGAAGGAGUGGCUGAGGGAGCAGUUUUGUGACCAUCCGCUGGAGCACUGUGAGGACACAAGGCUCCACGAUGCAGCCUACGUGGGGGACCUCCAGACCCUCAGGAGCCUGUUGCAAGAGGACAGCUACCGGAGCCGCAUCAACGAGAAGUCUGUCUGGUGCUGCGGCUGGCUGCCCUGCACACCGCUGAGGAUCGCGGCCACUGCCGGCCAUGGCAACUGUGUGGACUUCCUUAUCCGGAAAGGGGCCGAGGUGGACCUCGUGGAUGUAAAGGGACAGACCGCGCUGUACGUGGCUGUGGUGAACGGGCACCUGGAGAGCGCCCAGAUCCUCCUGGAAGCCGGCGCCGACCCCAACGGAAGCCGGCACCACCGCAGCACCCCAGUCUACCACGCCUCGCGUGUGGGCAGGGCUGACAUUCUGAAGGCCCUCAUCAGGUACGGGGCUGACGUUGAUGUCAACCACCACCUGACUCCUGACAUCCGGCCCCCUUUCUCGCGGCGCCUCACCUCCCUGGUGGUCUGCCCCUUGUACAUCAGCGCAGCCUACCACAACCUCCAGUGCUUCAAGCUGCUUCUCCAGGCGGGGGCGAACCCCGACUUCAACUGCAAUGGCCCCGUCAACACGCAGGGCUUCUACAGGGGCUCCCCCGGCUGCGUCAUGGAUGCCGUCCUGCGCCACGGCUGCGAGGCCGCCUUCGUGAGCCUGCUCGUGGAGUUUGGAGCCAACCUGAGCCUGGUGACGUGGGACUCCUUGGGCCCAGAGUCGAGAGGCAGAAGGAAGGUGGACCCCGAGGCACUGCAGGUCUUUAAAGAGGCCAGAAGUGUCCCCAGGACCUUGCUGAACCUGUGCCGGGUGGCUGUGAGAAGAGCUCUUGGCAAAUACCGACUCCAUCUGAUUCCCUCGCUGCCUCUGCCGGACCCCAUAAAAAAGUUUCUGCUCUACGAGUAGAGCUCAGAUGCAGUGGUCGACUGCGCGAAGAGGAAGGUGACUGGUGAAAGCGGACACCGGGUCCUGCCCCUGUGAACCAACCACCCCCUGUCCUCUGACCAAGUCCCAUUUGGCUGUUGGUAAAGCAGAAACGGCCUUGUUCCCACGGCUUGUAACUCCAUCUCGGGUGCUUGGGGCACUGGACAGUCCUUGGGUCAUUGUCGGCUGAAAAGUUCAUACAAAACCUAAUUUCGCUCUUCCUCAGUAUCUCUGUUUUGGAUUCUCACAGUCGCAUAUUAACGAAAUGGGCCGUGCCGCGUGUGCAAGGACGGGCUGAGGUUGGAGGCCUGCGGAUAGCUAGCUCCGGCAGGGAGGACUGCUAGCACUUUCCAGAACUGUACUUCCGUUGAUGUUUGUACUUCUCCAUUCAGUUGUUUGAUUCAAGCCUUCUAAUGCCUAAAGGCAAGGAGAGUUUGGUGGAAAAGUAGAGCUCUGGAACGCAGUUCAUGGACGUGCUGGGUUGUUUUCCCUGCCCCCGGGGUGGCCUGUGGCACCUGUCUACACACGGCCCUUCCUUGCCACUGGAGCGUUGUCUUCUCGUGGCGGCGGUGUCCUCCGUUAAUUGUCCUCGCUGCACGAGGGUCCCCUGGCCUCACGGAUCGGCUGUGUUGUCUCAGUGCUGCGUUUGCUCACCAUCUAAAGAGGUACCUUCCGCAGCGCUGCCCCUGUCCUGAUACCGACCGUGCCCGCCACUGCGCCCCCGGGUCUCGCGGCUUCUCUUUGAGGAGCUUCCCGACGGGGAUUGAUCUUGGGAGGCGCACACCGAAGAAGUAGCCAGUAAACCGACUGCCUACACUCGGACCAAGGACCGCUCCAACAGCAUUCACUGCCAGUUCCGACAGAAGGAAGACCCCGCGGCGCUGCCUCCCAGUCCUUGCGCGCACUGGGCCGGGGAGACUCGGUCGUCCUCCGGGUGGUUCCACAGUCUCAGUUGCUUGGUGUCCAGAGGACAAAACAUGCGGCGUUUGGUUGAUUGGUCUUCACUGUUGGGGACCGAACGUCUUGGUCAUUGCUCCUAGAACCCGAGGACGGGGAUAGCGGUGAGGUCAGAGGGCCUCCGCCGGCCUGCUGGGGUGCCGGGAGGUGACAUGAGCCCCGUCACCAUCCCCAAGGCUGCGGUUGUGGGUAGGGCUCACUCACACCUGGGCUGUGCGGCUCGGCUGCGUCCACAGGGGUGGGGCGGGGCGGGGCGGGCCGCCGGCUGCCCUUGCAGAGCCCUCCAGGAGAUGCUGCUUCUGGAGAAACCACAUGUGGCACUUUGAAGCCUCUGAGGACCGUUGUGUGGAAUCAUGGCGACUCUAACCUUUAGAAGGCUUUAGAAAUGGGCAGAUUGCAAAUCUGCGUGUAGAUAUCCUGUAAGAAGAGAUACCUUGUUUGUAACAAUUGCACUGAUGAAUGAUACAGGUUUAUUUAAUGACUAACAGCGUUGUAUGUCGUAGCCCAGCAGACAGGCGGUGUCGGUCAUUGUCGUAUGCGGCUCGGGGAGAGAAUUCUCAGCCCCGCCUUGUGUGCGGUGGACGGCUCCACCGGAAAGCCGUGCUGUGACCUGCGGGUGCCUGUGUGAGGUCUGAGGGCAGAGGAGUCGCUGGAUGGUUCAGAGGGGAGACGCAGUCCUGGAGGCUUUAUGGGGCUGAAGUGAUCCUGUCACAGGCUCUGGCCGUGCGUGGUGUCGGUGUGGGAUGGCUGUCCGAGCCCGAGAUUGGGCUUGUGUGCCGCCACCAAAGACCUGGGACCCUGCAUGGCUGGCGCGUGCCGAGCCGGGGUCGGUCAUGGCGCAGUCGGGAGCCGCGGGUGCGGGUAGCUGGGGACCAGCGCCAUUAGGGCCGCGGCCGAGCGCUGCUGGGGUUUCCGCUGAGAAGGGCUGGGGGUGCUCCUUGUGCACUCGGGGUGGGAGCAGGCCCACGGGCUGUGCCAGGACCUCGGGGAGGUAGGGCUCUGCCUGGGCACAGGGGAGCUUGAGCGCCCCGUGGGUGCACCGGAUGCUGGUAGGGGCAGCGUGUCACUGGAGGCGUGAAAGCCGUGGCUGGUCACCUUGGUAGGCCUGAGAGAGGAGUCCGGAGUAGGUGGUAGUUCACCUUACUUAUCAGCUCUUCCGGCUCUGGGUCCCCUUGCGGCCCGGGUUCUCUGGGUGAGUUGCGUCUGGCCUCGGGGCCCGCACGGAGUCUGCCCCGCUGGGUGCUUUCUGCGGAGGCCUGUGAGGGGCAGGGACUCUCCAGCCCUGCCCAGGGUAGGAGGGUGGCUCCGUUCUCGGACCUUCUGGAAAGCAGCACCUGGGCAUGCGGCCAGUGCAGAGGUCUCGCACCUGUAGGCGCGACCUUGAGGCUGCGCGGAGCCAGGGGCCCAGCACAGAGUGGUGUCAGCGUCCAUUGCCCAGUGGAGCAGGUGCAGGGCUGGUUUCUGGGGGGUGGAACCAUUUUCCCAGGGUCUUUCCAAAAGGAAUGGACUGAGUUGAUCCUCAUAGUUGGGCCUCACCCAGACCUGGCCAGGGAGGUAGCGUGAGUCGGGGGGGGGGGGGGGGGGGGGGUGUCUCCCACUCUGCCCCUAGAAUGUCGCUGUGCCCCAGGGCAGUCUGCAGGGGACUGGGGCCUCAGCAUUUCCUUUGAGGAGGACAGGUCUGAUCAGCCAGACUCUGCUGAUUGGUUCGGAAUCCUAGCAACUUUGAGGCUCAGCCUCUAGUUUGAAACUUCUGCUGCCAAACACAAAUCCGAAAACAGGGAUAGUUGCUUAAGGUCAUUCCUACCCGUUUUGAGUGACACCGUACUAAAGCCUCCUUUGCUUUUGUUGGCGAGGAUAGGAUCCUGGAGAAGAGAGAGUAAGUGUCAGAACGCUUCGUAAAAUUGCGUUUCUGAGGCGUGGGGCACCCGAGUCCGGGGUAGCAAGGAGAUGUGGUGAUGAGGCUGCUGCCUGGCUGGGCCCAGAGUCGUCCCCAGGGAGGGGCACAGCGAACCAAUGGGAAGGUGCUGGUGUCCCGCCCGCCUGGUCCCAGGAGUGUCCUUACUGUCCCCACACAAGGGGCCUUGGCUGCUGUGGACAGAUGGGCAGGGAUUAGGGUCCGGGGCAGCGUCGAUAUCUGAGAAUUCAGCUCUGGCAUCCUGGGUGGGGAUUUUGAGUACAUUCCCCAAAGCCAUCGAUGUCACGCCCAGCCGUGCCUUUUCAUGUUAUUUAUGUUAUUUAUGUAUUUAUUUAUUUAUGCCCUGCCUUGUUCACGGAAAGGGAUCAAGGCAGCGAUGCUUGGCUUUUGAUGUUCUGUUUUGAUCUUUGCUAAGGUUCCGUCAACACGCACCUGUCAGGUGAUUUUGAAAAGAGACGACAGUUAGCAGUUUCCUCAUGUUGACUGUGUUUCCGUUUUCAGGCUUAAGUGCCGUCCUAUUUUCUUUUUUCCCUCUCCCACGAAUUGGUUCUGUAAAUACAGGUUGGGGCAGAAGGAGGAGAGGAACGUGCCGUGCCGCGAGCGUGGGCCUGAGCAAAGGGAGAUCGGCCUGAGAGAGACGCGCUUUGUGCUUUUCCGCUCCCUGCCGUGUGGCCCGGGCAGGUCCCAGGUGACGUGGAGGCUGUGCUCUCACACUGGCAGCCGGUUGACUGUGCCUUCCCACGGGACUUCGUGAGGACGCGUGGGAGAGCGUGUGACGGCACUUUGUGCAUGAGCGGUCCCUGUGACUGUAAACUGCUCUCCCUGUGACUGUUGUCCUUCUUCUCAGCGGAUAUGCGUUAGAGGUGAUGAUGGUGCUGAAGAGUCUGUGACCUUGGGGAUCGGGCUUGUCCUUUGUGUCCCAUGGGGCAACGAAGGUCAUGGGAGCCCACAGCGUAGGCCUUGGCACAGGGGGCUCUGGGCAGGUCACAGAGAUAAGGACAUGUGUUAAAUAACGUACAAAGUCAAGUUUAUUCGACCUAAAGGAUCGUAUUGUAUUCUGAGAUAAUGACCUUCCUAAUUUGGGUGAUAAAAUGUACUUUUGUGCAAUCAAGGAGAUAAUAGAGGGCAAUAUUUUUAUUUUUUAAAAUGCUCUUGGUUAUAAUAUAUUGGCUGCUCUUUGUCAAGCCCCAGAAUUUCUUUCUAAGUUUGCCAGUCUCUUAGGUCUCAAAGUCAGGGAACCGCGGUCUAGCUAUGGUGUGUGUUUACAUGGUGAUGAGAAGUCCUCUCGGACUCUUCAGACAGCCUAUAUAUACCUUGUUGACGGGAGGGCAUCACAGCAUUUCUGCUGCCCGCUGAUCUCAGGAUCACCACGUGCGGCGUUAGGAAGUGCGUGCUUACGUCCUGGCAGUGACAGAAGCUCCCUGUGGUGAUAGGCCUCUGGCCUUUUCCUGGGUCUGUGAGAAGCAGCCCCGGGAAGUUUCGCGUGGCCUUCUCAGGCCUUCUCAGCGACGACUGCCCUUACCUCAGGCCCUGGGGGCCUGUGGCACCGCUGAAUGUUGGUGACGACGCCAGUGGUGGGUCUUGUGCCUGCCGGGCACUCAGCGACCAGUCCUGAGGGGUCUGGGUUCCCUUCCAGCUUGUGUCUGCUCGCCGGAAGUGCCUCAUUUGGCCGUGCGACCUCUUUGUCUCUGGCUUACUCAUUCAUCCUCCCCUCCACCCCCAGCCUGACCCCCUUGGUGUGGAGUAGAGUAACUGAUGUGCACUCAUUAAUGGUUUGUGGGAUUGUGUCCACGGAGGGACGUGCGGAUUUUGAAGUGGAGGCCAGUGACGUGCACGACACGUACUAGAAGGUUCUGGGCAGACGAUCAGCUGCAGGAGUGAGGCAGGGAGAAGGGGUGACUUCUGUUGCCUUAGCACGUAAUUGCUCAGUGUCUGGAAUACGUGGGGAUCUUUUUUUUUAGGUUGUUUUGCUUCCAGAUGUGCACAAAUGCAUUCGGAGUAUGGUGGGUGUGCACACAGCUUUCCCGUACGUACGACACCACAGCAGCGUCCCUGCUCGGCUCCGUUUGCAUGGCUCCCGGUGCUUGUGGGUGUUGGGCACAAGAGUGUGACACGCAGGGGGCCAGUGUGCCCGGAGGCGUGCUGCAGGGUGUGUUCACCGUGGCCUGCUUCUCCCUUCCGCUUUGGUGAUGAAUGAGUGUCCCCCGCAGCAGCGGGGACCGUGACUGUGCCUGCCCUUGUGCCUGGUGACGAGUUUCUCUAAGUGUGAUGAACGUCUUCGAUACGUUGUUGUAACUUUAAUAAAUGCUUUAUUACCCUUUAAUUCACCCUGCCCAUGCCUUAAUUUGGGGGACUGUUUAUCUCAAUGGGUAGAAAUGGGUCUUGUGAAAUCUUUGAAUACACAUUUCGGGAAAGUUUCUCUCUGGAAAGUUUCUAACAAUAUGGAAGGAGGGACUUUUGGGAGCUGCCCUGAAGGAUCUUGCUGUGUUGCAGGGAGGCUCCCAGGAUGUGGCACAGGCUUAUACUGCUGGAUGGAACCUGUUUUACUUAGUGGGGUUUUCAGUUUGAAGAGACCGUGCCCCUAAAGUGUUUGAAACCCAUGGCUUUCAAGUAAGGUGACAUCCCUACAGUGCUCUGCAGGGGGGAGGUGCUGGAGAACUGUGGGAAAAACCAUGGUCUCUGGGCCCAUGUUAUACGUGACUUAUUUUGACAGCGGGAGGGAUGAACCCAGGAAUGGAUGAACUAAAUAAAGACAUAUCUCAUAUCUCAGUGAUGCUCUA